CACAUGUUGACGAGUUGUGCUAGCUGAUGCUACUGAGACCCUGACAACAUUUAGAAAGUCAAGGCGAAACAGAGAUACUUUUUUAAAGUACUGUUUUGUUGACAUAUGAGCGUUUAGGUUUGCGUUGAAAUGCCUUAAUGUCUACUUGCGUAGUUGAAUAUCACUGCUGUUAUUUUACAUGUUUAUUCUGACAGGCUAACGUAGCUAGCCUAUUUGCUAGCCAGGAAGAGUUAUCAUCUGACUGUUGGCCUCAGGUUAGCUAACAUAGUCGAUAUAGGAGCUUUAAUAAAGAGAGCUCCAGAUGCGGCUAAAGGACCCCUUCUCCUUGAAAGCCGCCGAUAUGACUAAGCGGACAAAUAAACCGAGGAAACCUCGAGAUGAGGAGUCAUCAGAUGAAGUCAGUGGGUUGACUUGCCAGCAUGUGAGUAAGGCAGUGGACCUGAAUUCGGUGAAGAAAUCAGUUUUGUCCAACAUGUGGCUCAUGUGCUCUGACUGCCUAAAGGAGAGGACCAUGAUAGAUGGAGAGCCAGCAGGAUCUAAUGACAUCCUAGUGUGCUUGAAGUGUGGUUUUCAGGGUUGUAACCAGUCAGGGAUUCAGCACGCUGUCAAGCACCACCAAGCUUUUCAUCAAGAGUGUCACUGCAUCACCAUCAGCUUAAGCACAUGGAAAGCCUGGUGUUUUGAAUGUAAUGAGGAGCUUUCCAUUCACUGCAACAAGAAGGCUUUGGCUCAGACUCUGGACUUUUUACAAAAGCACGCUGUCAAGGCUAUGUCAGGUGCAUCACCCAAGAUUAUCAAGCUGCAAGAGGAGCCAUCAGACAACACAGACCAACCAAAAGGCAAAAGUCCAGCCAUUAACAGCACCCUGGUCCCUGUCAAAGGCAUUAACAACCUUGGUAACACCUGCUUCUUCAAUGCUGUAAUGCAGAACCUGUCUCAGACACACAUGCUCAUCGACCUCAUCCAGGAAGCGAAGGAGAAAGGGUAUAAACUGAGGAUCUGCCCGCCUUUGGAGACCAAUCUGAAACCACUGAUGGUUACGCUGUCCAGUCCUGAGCCGCUGACUGCGGCCAUGUUUCUUUUCCUACAGAGCAUGAAAGAGCCAGGAAAAGGCCCACUCAGUCCCAAGAUUCUCUUCAAUCAGCUCUGCCAGAAGGCUCCCCGCUUCAAGGGCUACCAACAACAAGACAGCCAGGAGCUUCUGCACUACUUACUGGACUCCAUACGUGUAGAGGAAACCAAAAGAGUAAAGGCAGGAAUUCUGAAGGCUUUUAAUAAUCCCACAGAGAAGACAGCCGAUGAGGACACCAAACGCCAAGUCAAAGCAUACGGAAAGGAAGGUGUGAGGAUGAACUUUGUGGAUCGCAUCUUUGUAGGCGAGCUGACCAACACAAUCAUGUGUGAGGAAUGUGAGCAUAUCUCCACCGUAAAGGAGGCUUUCAUAGACAUCUCCUUACCCAUCAUAGAGGAAAGGAUAUCAAAACCAUCCAAUCCUGGUAGGCUUGGGAAAAGUAGCCGGGAGCAGGACAUCCACAUGACUCACGGCGACCAGGUUCUGUCUGGAGCUCACCCCGUCAAUAGAAACACAAGGAAGCUGAGCGGACAGAAACAGCAGAGCAGGAGGUCCUCAAGCUCUGUGGAGGAAAAGGGAGCAGGUUGCAGUGCUGAACGUCCAGAGGAAGAGGUGGUAGCUGGUGGAUCAGCUCGUGGUGUUUCAGUUUGCAAGAUGGCUGUGGCUGGCAGCCUAUCAGAUGGCAGUGAAAGAGACUCUGGAGCUCAGGACAGCAGUAAUGAUGCUGACAGCGAGGCCUCAGAGAGCGAGUGGGCCCCACGCAUCUCCUCCAGCCACAGCCACGGGCACACGUCCACCCCAUCCUCCUCUUCUACCCUCACUCCAUCCCCUACGCCUGUCUCUGCCUCCACCCCAUCUUUAUCAUUGUCCACAAGGCAGGGUGGUGCUGUAGAGCAGCUAGUUACCGCAGUGUCCAAAGUCAACCUCGGUUUCACACCUGGGGAUUGCUCUCCCUCCACUCACUGUUCUCAGGAUGAGCCAGGAGAAACACAGACACGAGAUAACCUCCACCAUCAACACCACCAGGGAGCCUUCCAGGUUCUUUCUCACAGUUACACGCCCAGCUCUAAGGAGUGCUCCAUCCAGUCUUGUCUUCAUCAGUUCACCUCUGUGGAACUGCUGAUGGGCAACAACAAACUGCUGUGCGAGAGCUGCACUGAACGCAGACACAAACAGCUACGCAAGAGCAGCACAGCCGAUAAGAAAAUGGAGAAGAUUUACACAAGCGCAAGAAAACAAAUGCUGAUAUCAUCGCUGCCUCCCGUCCUCACGUUACAUCUGAAACGCUUUCACCAGGCAGGGAUGAACUUAAGAAAAGUUAACCGCCAUGUUGACUUUCCACUCAUCUUGGAUCUUGCUCCAUUUUGCUCAGCAUCCUGCAAGAACCUGGCUGCAGGUGAGCGUGUCCUCUACAGCCUUUAUGGGAUUGUUGAACACAGCGGCUCAAUGCGGGGGGGCCACUACACUGCAUAUGUGAAAGUGCGUUCUCCUCAGAGGAAAUCAGAACAACACCACAGGAACUUGUCAGGUGCACGGGAUGUUGGGAGCAGCCCCCAGGGCCAGUGGGUGUACAUCAGUGAUACCACAGUUCAGACGGUACCAGAGUCAAGGGUACUCAACUCUCAGGCAUACCUGCUCUUCUACGAGGAACUCUUGUAAAGCAACCAGAACAGAAUAACUCUGUUUGUCUCUGUAUUAUUUUAGUACAUGCCUGUACUGCUCCUCUUAAUGUAUCUGUGAGUGGGUGGAAAAGGGAAAGACUAUACUUAAUUUUCUUACAAGAGAGGAUAUAAUAAAUUCUAUUGCAUAGAAUUAGAAUUGCCUCUUCUAAAUAUCUAAGAUAUGUAAAAGAUAAAUAACAAUGUUAAAGCAAUUAUUUUCUGAUUGGAUAUAGCCUAGGUCUUCAUUCAUGUUUUAUGUUUGAAAAAUCAUUCCCUUUAAAAAAAACAAGAGGGCUGGAGAGAAGAGAGCUAUCUCCUGCUGGAACUGUCACAAUCAUGUGCCUGAGAUGUAAACUGCAUGAGGGAGUUUGCUACAGUAAUUUACAGGAAAUAAGUGGAAUUAUGGCAUGCUAAAAUUGUGCUCAGCACUUACUAGUUGAUGUCAAUUUUUGUGUGUAUGCGCACACAUGUUUGAGUGAGAGACAGGAGAAUGUAGAUUUAAGGUGCUCUGUGUAACACUUGCGCAUCAGUGAAACAGAACCACUCUGAAAUUUAGUGUGUGGUUGUAAGACUAGCAUAAGUCCUAUCACAAGGCAGGUCUGCUUCUCUAUGAAUGCCACACAGGAGCUUUUUUUAUGUGGCUCUGUGUCAGGUUUUUUGAAAGUGUGCUCGUUUGUUGGCAGACACUGUAGAUUGUAAGGAAUGCAAAGAGAAUAGAUGAUUUAUAUGUUUGGACUUUUUAGUUUACAGUAAGAUGUGAUGAAUUUGAACCUAGCCUUUGCCUGAUUAAUUUAAAAUGUAAUAUACAUUUACAUACUGGUUUGAACUGCUACACAAAGCACCUUGAAGGAAUAGCACAACCGUUAUUUUACAGCCUACUUUGAGAGGAUUAUUUUCUACAGCAGAAUGUAUAAAUGUCCGACUAUCAGUGAAUCACAUUUGCCAAAGACACGAUUUGAAACAGCAGAAGCCAGAGCAGAAGUUCCAAACCGGCAUCCAUUUACUUCAUACUUAUUUUCAUUCACGUUUGGUCUUUCAAGGUCAUCUGUAUGGUUUUCAAGUGUUGCACAAACCAGUGUACUCAAUGCUUUUCAAACCAAGAAAGCACCCUGUCUGCCUUCAUAGUACUUAAGUGCUACUGUAACUGUGCAGACGCGCAUACAGAUCUAUUAAGAUGUCCAACGGAGUCAUACAGACUCUAAAUUCCUUAUCAUUGUAAAGCAAAAACUAAGUAGGAAAAAACUCAAGGGCUUUAAGCCCAUCUACAAAAAUAUUUUUUUUUCUCUAAUGUGCAUGGAUUGAAUCUUCUGAUGAAUGUAUUGCCUGUUCUUGAAAUAUCUAUGUAAAAUGAGCUGUUCAUCUUUUUCUAUGAAAAUAUUUUAAUUGAAAACAUUUCUCUUUCUCAUUGGACAUUCACCAAACGCAGCAGAAGGGAAAGUGUUGAACAUCAGAACCUAGAGGUUUAUUAUUUUAUUUGCAGACAAAGACAAAUACGGUGCCUGUGCUUCAGGUUUAAGAAACCUAUGCAUGGUGAACAGAAAAACAUGAAUAGAAAAUGCAAAGAGGGAUGUAUGUGGAAUAUUUAUUUACAGUAUGACGUACUGUAAGCAAAAGUAGAGUAUAUUUAACUGUAUAUACUAGAAACAAUACGCAACUAUGGUGCUUCAGGUGUGCAGGGUUUUUCCUGAAGGCUUUGUUUCUAAAAAGAAAAAUAAUCUCAUUUAGGACGUGAUAAACAUUUGGAAUGACUUUAACUAAAUACUGUAUCAAAAUAAAUCUAAUUUAUGAGCUAA